AUGAGAAAAUGGCUUAACUGAACUACGGAGUCUAAAAGUGAAACUGGAAGAACAACCUCUGCUUUGGCUUCGGACUAUGAUUCUAGCUAUAUACAAGAUGGAAAGCAGUCAGUAUCUCAAAUGUUGCUUGUAGAUGAACUGUUGAUGGAAUGGAUCGAAAAUGUUCUCAAGAAAGGUGUCAAAGGCUUGAGAGAAGAAUUCUUGAAGUUGCAGCAGAAUAAAGAAGUGCCUAGAAAUGAGUACAGCCAUUUUAUGGCUGAAACAAACUUGGAUCAAAACCGGUAUCGAAAUGUAAUUUGUUUGGAUAAAUCACGCGUAAAAAUUAUGAAGGAGGAAUCUGAUAAUGAUUAUAUUCAUGCAAAUUACAUUAGCACACCAUAUUCGGAACGCCGAUUUAUUUGUACUCAGGCUCCACUAGGAAAUACGGUAGCGGAUUUCUGGUAUAUGAUUUGUCAACAGAAAACAGAAUUUAUUAUUAUGCUAACUAAUUUUAACGAAAAUGGACGUGAAAAAUCAGCAUGUUAUUUUCCACUUGCAAUUGCUGAAACAUAUCCAAUUAACGAUAUUGUUUUAAAAUGUCAUACUUGCGAACGUCGCAUGGAUUUUCCCUCUGAAAUAUGGCAACGAACUAUUGAAGUAGUUUUGAAUGAAACAGAUAGACGAAUUGUCACACACUUUCACUGGACUGAUUGGCCUGACCAUGGCGUACCUCGCGAUUUUAUCAGCCCUUUGCGUCUUCUUGAAGAGGCAAAAUUUAUUUUUAUUAAUAGUUUAAACUUUUUGAAAACUGGUAUUGGUCGUUCAGGUUGUUUACUACUUAUGGAAUAUGUUCUUGAAAAUUUGCAAUACGGGGAACACUGCGCCGAUAUGGCUGCCGCACUCGGGAUAUUACGUGAGCAACGAGCCGGUUUGAUUCAAAACGAUGCUGUACGAGCCAAAUUCAUGCUUAUCUUUCAUUGA